CAGCCUACGUCCGCGACGCGCCUCCGACUUGACAACAUGGCGGCACUAGCGCGAUUGUUUCUGGUGGGUUUCCUCGCGUGUGCGUACGGGCAGUAUGCUGAGGAGCGUGCCCCCCGGUACAUAGCUUCAGAGUCCAAACCUACAGUAGCGCCUCCAGUUGCGAUCCUCAAACAGAUCAACAGGCACAAUGAGGAUGGAUCAUACACUUAUGGAUACGAAGCCGCCGAUGGAUCGUUCAAAAUCGAAACUAAAUCCCCUACUGGGGAGGUGAAAGGCAAAUAUGGGUACAAGGAUGAUACCGGCAAGCUGCGUGUAAUCGAGUAUGGAGCCAACAAGUAUGGUUUCCAGCCAGCAGGUGAAGGUAUCACUGUGGCGCCGCCUACGCUUGUAGACGAGUCGACCAGGCAAGAAGGCCUGAGGGCUACCAAGUCACAAGGUGGACGUGCGCCAGUUCAGCAGCAAUACGACUACGACUAUGAUGAGCCCGCGGCGCCGGCCCCACGGCCGGAGCCCCGUGAGAGGCCCUCGUACCGCGCCCCACCCCCGCCUCCGCCGCAGCCACAGCCCCGGCCGCAGCCCAAACAGCAGUACCGGCCCGCCCCACCCCCGCCUCAACCCCAGUACAGGCCUGCGCCCCAAUCAGCCCCAACUCCGCCUAAGCCGACAUUCUUCAGCGGCGCAGCACCAGCACCUGUACCAGUUCAGGACAACUUCUUCAGCCCCUCUCCUCAACCAGCCAGGCAGUUCAAACAGCAGGACUUCAGGCCAGCUCCGCAAUUUGCCCCCAAACCCCAAAUAGAAUACCAGGACUACGAACAGCCACAGCCCCGGUUCCCUUCUGUGAACCAGUUCAGUCAGCAAAGGAACUCUCAGCCCUUCUCCAUGCUGGAUCAGCUGCUGAAGGAGUAUUCUCUGCCUCAAGGUGGGGCUGCGCCAUUACACGAUAUCACCUUCGGAUCCUACUAAUUUAAGAGAGCCAUCUCACUUUUGUAAAUAAUUAGAAUAUAUUUUUUUAUAUUACAAACAAAACUAUUAGAUGUUAUAAUAUUC